CCCUGCCGCGUGAAGAUGUUAUCACCUGUCACGUAUCACAUGCGCAUCAGCUGCGUGAAGGGUUCCGCCAGUCAAUAAAUGUUUGAUUAUUGUGCUGUCACGUGCUGGUAGUUUACUCAUUGCUCAAAUGUGGAAGGCGUAUGAAGGACCCAUUCAUUUAGGGCACAGCUAGAGUCAAUGUCUUAUGCUGCAACGUUACCCAAUCCAAGAUGACUUCCUACACCCCGGCCUCCACCAACACGCAUCCCUUCGGCCAGGAGGAAGAGGUGUCCCGCCAGCAGCUCUUUGUGGCCUUCUGCAACCAUCUCCACCUUGGGCAGUGGGAACUAGUCAGGGCAUGCGGUCAGACACUGUUGGCGAAGUACGGAGAGGAGGGGGCGUGGCUUGAGCCUGAAGUUAGGAAAGUUCUGGAGGCGGUUGUCGAACAUCCUUUUGAUUGCAGUUUGGCGUCAGAGAGUGUCCCUUCAGCACACCACCUGGCUUGGCUAGCGCUGCAGGAACACAGAAAUCUGACGACUAAUCUAGAGGAGAGAUUGCCUCAUUCCCUCAGCACACUGGUUGAAUUCAGACUGCUUCUGCACAGUGCUAGUGAAUACUCCACUGCAGCUAUUAUACAGGAUGUGUACAACCUCUUCAUCUACAUCCAGGACAUCACAAAAGCUGAGCAACUUGGGAAUCCGCUAUCCCCGAACCCCCAUGCACCGUCCAUCACGGACAAGAUCAGGGCCUUCCUGAAGGUGUGCCUCCAGCGAGACACCAACCCAGGCCACGCCAUAAUCAAUCACCUCAGGCUCCCAACGAGCUCCCGGCGUCAUCUCCCCCACAACCAGAGUCUCCAAGAGGUGUACGUGGACUGCCUGACGGAAGACAUCUCAGCGCUGCGACAGGCUCCAGGGAACAGGGAGAAGCUUGUGGCCAGGGUCUACAAGGUCCUGUCCCUGAUGGGCCCCAGUCGGGACAUGGAAGACCUGCAGCUGGAGUCGCUCUUCCUGAAUCUGUUGGACCUGACAAAGCCCCCGCACCAACUCCUCAGGAUCCAGUCCCUGUACUCCUCCCUGCUGGGCCGGGGGUCCCCCUAUCUCAUCAGGGAGCUGUGCCGGAUCGAAGGACAGGAGAGGAUCCAGGAAUUGAACGCAGAGCUGAAGUCGACUCAUUUGAAGCUGGACAUGCUGUCCCAGGAGUUGAGGAUCACGCUGCGACUAGCCAAGAUGGAGAACAGGGAGCUGGCCUGGAAGGAGAUGUUCCAGCAGGCCCUGUCCAGGGAAAGACAUGUGCUGGCUAACGUCCUGGAUACCUGCAUGACACUCAUCCGGGAUGGGAUGUACAGUGAGCUGGUAACCCUGAUGUCCCCUGAUGAGUUUGCACCACUCAAGCCGCUGGUACUCCUGCUCGGAUGGAACCACGUCUCAAGCUGCGACAGUGCUAAUCGGCUCUUGGAGGCCCUGCAUGUUCCAAGUGAGACCAACUCAGUGAGUGAGCCACUUCUUGACCAGGCCUGCGGGAAGCUGACCCAUCAGGUGCAGCUGGUUCAAUGGUGUCUGGAGAAAACCAGACCCUUUCUACUCGCGAGUGGUGUUGACCCAGGAUUUGACCCCAAGGCCAGUGAGAUGUUUUGUGAGUUGGAUUCCCGCUCAGUGCUUCACAUGCUGCAUCACGCCACAAACUUGAGCCAGCUGGACUCGGCCGAAGUCUUUGAUAUCCUCAGCAAGAAGCCGCAGCUUGAUGUCAAGUCUGAGGAAGUCCCCAAAUCAAGCGGGAAGUCUGUUCAUUUUGAGGAGCCGCAACAGCUCUCCAUCCAGCAGGAGAGAGACAUUGCCAUCUACCGCAGCUUCCUUGCCAUCAAGAGCUGCAUGACAGCUCUCUCAAACAGCACUCAGUGCAGGAAGCCACGGGAGCAGUCCAACCUGAACAAGCAAGGAGCAUCACUUGGUGCUUCCAGGAGUGCACCUGUGUUACUUCAGCCUGAGGACUCAAAGAGGACUGGCAAUACUUCAUUAACACCCCACCAACCUCAUACAUCUCAGGGAGAUUCUGGCCGGUCAACUAGUAAACAAGCUGCUGAUGACAGCGCUGGCUUGCACCAGGUAAACUCAUGGGAGAAGGACGUGUUGCAGCACCUCAGGGAAGCCAGACACCAACUGUCACUCCUCUACCCUCUGACUUACCGAGUGGAGACUUUGGAGAACAUCUUCUCUUUGCUGUUUACUCGCAGUGAGGAUGCGUUUGUCAGGAAAGCAGCAAUGUCCGACAGUGGGGGAGAAGAGGGGAUCGUUGAUGAGGAGUGGCAGAACAAGAGUGUCACUAGCUUGGAAAGCACGCCAAAAAAUGAACACUUCACCUUUAACUUAGGAGCUGAACUACUCCCAGUUGGCCUGUCUUCGAGUGACUCAAAGUUGUUAGAUGCCCCUAGGCCUGCUCAAGUUGAGAUGCUGACAGAAUCAAUGAGCACAGGUGUCAUGGAGAGCCUGAUGAGUGCUGAGAAGCGAGACAGAACAAGCUCAGGAUCAAUUGUAGCCAAGAGGUCCAACACAGAGCGGAGCUCAGAGUCCCACAGCCAACACAGCUCCAACAGCUUGGGACCUGUGAAGAUUUGCUUUGUGGCAGACGAGGACAUCAUCGAUGCCUUGCUCAGCACUCUGAAGGAGUGCUUGGCUGAUCUUGCAGAAGCUAGAUACUCCCUAGCUGGCCCUAGCGCAUCCGUGGAGGUCCUGCAGGAGGCCGGCGGCAGAUUGAUGAAAUACAUGCACUGUUCAGUCUCGACGUCCACCAUGGCCCAGCGCAUCUCUCAACUGACACAGCGGGUCAACGAGGCGUGGUGGCGCUACCGGCUGGUAUCUCAGGCCACAGGUUCCCAGAAUGCAUCACAGGGGUCAGCCAAUGGCAACCGACCCGUCAGAGACAGUAGCAGCGACGACGAGCUGUAUAUGACUGGUUUCCAUGGAGAUAAGGAUGAUAAGAGAGGAGACAAGGUUGACGGUGACAAAAAGCGAAGAAGGAGUCGUGUCAGCAGCCUUAGUGGAAAGAGUGGCUCAGGGACUUCGAGAAGCAAUUCAAGGGAUGAUUCCCGUCCACAUCUAGCCAGGCUCAGCACAGGGUUCACAUCUGCAGACGGAAGCACCAGCAGCAGUAAGAGACGCAAGAGACGCCGACGUCAAAAAUCAACCAGCAAAGCACCCACCAGCGAGCGCGGCGUGGUUGCCCGCAUGCUGUCCUCCCAGGAUACCCUGCUUAGGAUGUGUCUGCAUAGGGGCAGCUACGCACAGGCUUUACAGGUGGUGAAGAUGUUUGAACUUGAAGACACGCCUGAGGUCUCGGAGGUCUACUUUGCGGAACACUGGGAGCAGACAUUACGUCGUCUUCAGAAUAUCGACGCCAAGGCAGCUAAGACUGACUCCAUCUCGGGUAUUCCCAAAGUCAAACCUUCUGGGUCAUCCUCCUCCAUUGCGUCUAUAGCUGCGUCUGGAGCGGCAUCAUUGUCGGUCUCAGGGGUGGUGGAUGACCUGCUUGCCACAUCAGUAUUACCUCUGCUGCCUACAGCACCUCUGGUUGGUUCAGACCAGCACGAGAAGCACUCCUUGGUCACCACAAUGCUCAGGAACAUUCAGAGGCUGAACAUAGCCGGGGUGGUGGUUUUUGACUUGGCUUGCUCGGCCUGCAAGUCCUGGAAGGCCAGUAAGAACCUACUCGAAGUGGCCAAGGGGCGUCUCCAACUCGGACACCACAGCCCGGGGGAAUUUGAUCAGUCUUUCAAGCCACGCCUGCAAUCUCAACCCAACACCAAAGUGGACCCUUUGCAGCUGCUUGUGGGCAUUCUACCCUUUGUCCACCAGAUGACUAAUUUGAUAUCCCCGACAUCAGCCGACGCGACGGCACUCAUCAGACAGGACAUCAUGGAGGAGUUCUUCCAGCGCAGCGCCAGUGACGCGCUGCUGCAGGCCACCAAACCCCUGGAUGCGAUCGGCCUACGGGCGCACGUCAACUUGGUUCUGGAGCAAAGGAAAGCUGUCUUGGGACUCAGCCGGGCCCUGCAAGCUGAAAGUAACAAACGGACGCCAGGUAGCUCAGGAUCGGCUGCCCAGAACCUCCCUCCAUCUGAGAUGGACCAUGGCUUGAAGGUGUCCCCCAAGGGACGCUCCGUGGUCCAUCAAGCAAUGAGGCAACUCCUACAGACCUUUGACAAGUGCGGGAACCACUGCUACUCGUUGACCGCGCUGCUCUCCACAACGGGCCUGGAUCACGAUGCAGAGUACUCCAAUUACUUGAUGAGCCUCUACGCUCAUGUUUCUGUUCUCUCCUCUCUGCUGGUAGAGGCCAAAGAAUGGCACCUAGGUCUGGACCAGCCUGUGCCUUGUGGCAGCAUGAAGGCGGUCAACCCAUACUGUGUCCUGGAGGAGAGCCCUAACUUCUUGCUGGGAAGACUCAUGUUCCAGAACCAGAUCCCACCAGUCAGAUUAGAAGGUGUCGCAGACCAGUUGAAGCUGAACCUGGUCCAUGUGAUCGUCCGUAGUUGCUGCCCAGCUAUCCCCAUGCACAUCAAACCAGACCGACCACCACGCCCGCAAGCCUCCGCACCAAAGAGCUCCCUCUAUAGGAUCGUCCUGAAUGACCCAGGGGAGGGGAUGGAAUGGUCGAGUGAGGUGAGACACCCAGAGGUCGUUGCGCGGGAUCUCCUGUCCAAGAUGAUUAUGCUCAUGAAAGGUCAUGCCACAAGCAUCAACCCCAACGGCCACUUUGGCCUACGUGCCAGUGUGCUAGCCAGCAGCAGCAAGGAUUUCCAGGCCUUGGCCGAGGCCACCAGGGAGCUGGCCUACGUGGACCUGGACCAGCUGGAGUGCGCCAAGCAGCGACUGUGUUUCUUCGCCAACGUGAUGAACCUCAUGCUGGCACAUGCUUCCCUACACCACAUUUAUCAGCAGCUCAUUUGCAAGGAUGUCACGUUACCCUGCUCCGGCCACACAAGACACAGCUCCCUGACGGAGCGACUGCACCUUGAAGAUGUUGUCACCCUCCCGGGCACCAGUAGUCGUCAGAUCAUCGAACGUAUCGCCUACCUCAACAAGAUGGCCUACCGCAUCGGACAGCUUGGUGUUGUCAGUGCUUUUGAGCUUCGUUACAUCAUCCUUCGGCCAGGACUUCACCCUCCGUCAUGCUUCAAUCACAUACUCCUACACAGACUUCACGGUAAGUUUGUAAACAAACUACAGCAAGACAAUUCUAUUCAUUUGUUUCCAUCAAUUAAAAAAAAAAUGAUCGAUAAAUCAAAUUCAUGUCUUGGGUUUCAAUGCUUUUUUCCACUUAACCCUGCGAGCUGCAAAGCGUAAAAACUUACGCCGCGUAGCUGAGGUGCUCACGCGUGAGGCAGUUUUGAUUUCGCGUAUAAAAUACUAUUUUGUGGACACAAUCCUUUCUCUAAUGGUCUAAAUAUUAUGAAUGCAGGUCCCCCGAACCCACACAAGAUUGAAUCACCUCCAGUAGGUCACUCACAGACAUUGUGGCUGCACAGUCAUGUACAUAUACACUGCAUGCACUGUGACCAUUACAUGUUGGAUC